CCGUGCCGUCACCCUUUCGGAGUAAGCGCGUUGCUCGACCUCAAAAAACGAGAAAAGUGAGGCCGCAAGAAAUCGGAUCCAUCGCCGUACAGCGAGGCGCACUUUUUUCCGAGCCCUUACCGCCCGAUAGCGCGAGUCGGUUCCGUCCCACGUACACCGGAAAUUCCGUGCCGCAGGUUGCUUCGAUUCGCCGUCGUCAUUGCCUCGGUGAGGCAAAGGUCGGGACAGUAUCGCCGGAGAAAAAAGGCACACGCAAGAGGCGAGUGGAGGCGGUGUGGAUCCGAUCGCGAAAAUCGGUUCGCCAGAGCGUGAUCGUCGCGAAAUCGAGACGAAUCGCGCUGCUUCACCCAACCGUUCCCGUUCCCGCGGAGGACCACCAGCAGGCGGGUGCUGUGCGGUAACCUGCUCGGACCAUUUUUGCUUCUUCCGCCGCUGUCGCCGUCAUCUUCGUGGCCGCUUUUUUUUUAUUUAUCUCGUACAAAGGUGUUGGUUCAUCGUCUCCGCCGUAUGUGCCCGCGCGCGAGUGUUGUCAAUGAGCCCCGGUGUGAUGCGUGUGUGAACGCCGCGCGCCUCGCGGUGUACCGUUUCCUCUUCACGCUCGUAGUAGCGCACGGUUAAGAGGCGAGGGCUAAGAAGGGCUUUGCGAGGGGGCCACUAAACGCCAACGAAGCAGAACAGCAUCACGACAAAGUAGUAAUCGUCUAUCGUGUGCGGCGGGUUCUCGGCUGAGACCGCGUUGGUCCCGUGAUCAUCGCAAUUGAACCGACAGCAGCAUCGUCAGCAUAACCAGAGACGGUGUUCCCAUUCUUCGCAGCCAUCCGGAGGUAGCGGUGUCCGCAGUGAAAGCAGUGGUGCGUGGUUAGUACCGACCACCACCACCCCACACACAGAACAUCACGACUGGCAAUCAGCGGAGGCAUGAAAUAAGCAAACAGCUCCGGGAAGGCCAACUGUGACUCAAAGUUAGCGACGAAUCGCUACUGCCCCUUGCAAAAGGGCUUACUACGAAUAGCAACAGCACCAGGGCAGCGAAAACACCGCAGGAGCUGCGGUAAAGAGGCGCAAUCACACAACACCGUGACCCACCGAGAGAAGCCCUCGUUUGCCGAGAACCUCCCGGGUCGAUCGUCAACAACAUCAUUAUCAUAACUGCGUGGCGUCUGCGUGAAAUUGUCACGGCAAGCUGCAGUUUCACUUUUGUGUCUCACCCGCAUCCACCCUCGCUGGACGUGGGGAGUUCUUGUCGCGUUAUCGCGGUGUUUAAUUGUUGAACCGAUCCGAUCCGUCCCUAUCAGAGAAAUCGUUAUCCGUGUCUGCCGUUACGGAAGAGUUUGCGAUUGCAUCUUGACCUUUUCGGAGAAGCAACCGUUGAGCACGGGCAGCACUAGGAUGUCUCUCAGUCAAACUUCCGUGCUUAAGGUAUACCAGACGGUUAUCGACGAUGUAAUCAGUGGAGUAAGAGAUGCGUUCCUCGAUGAAGGAGUGGAUGAGCAGGUGCUCCAGGAGUUGAAACAAAUAUGGACAUCGAAGGUGCUGGCCAAUAAAGCUAUUGAAACGGUGCCCGAUCCACAGGACCAACAACCCCCAUCGAUCGUUUCUGGUACUAAAUCGGUUGCAAACAAAGCCAAUGGAACAAAGAAAGCGAAGGCAGCAGCUGCAGCGGCCGCUGCAUCUGCUUCUACAACCACGCUUCCGGAAAAUGGAAAAUUGGUUCCGAUUGCCAGCAGUACAAGUGGACAGGCCGCUUCCGCCGGCGGUGCAGCAAAGCCGGUGACAGUGAAACCGGAACCCAUCGGCAACGAUACGACGGUUAGCGGGAGCAGCAGCAUCGGUACUGCAUCGACAGCUACCAAAAUUGGAAACAGCAACUUGCCAACAACGAACACCGCCGUUGCCAGUAAGAGCAAUACCGUACCCGCCGCUUCCACCACUAGUACCGGACAGCAACAAUCGACACCGGCUGCUCCAGCGGCCGUGGUGGCCUCACUCGACCCGAACAAGCUGGUGGCCAUCCAAAUUACGCUUCCAGCGCAACCGAACGGACCCAACAAUCAGCAGCGUAUACUGACGAUACAGGUGCCAGCUUCAGCGCUGCAGGAAAACAAGCUGCAACAGGUCCUCACCAGCACCAUUAUCGCCUCUAUCAUGCCACUUCCACCGCAAAUUGCAUCCACGGUACUGCAACAGCACGUGAACUCGUAUCUGCAGAGCAACAACUUGAACAAAUUACCGAUACAGAAGCAGCUAGAUGGCGCAUGCGAUGACGACGACAUGAUGGAAGAGGAAUCGUCGUGUGGCUCCGCAAUUGCCUCGAUGAUGGUGAACGCGAAUGUUGACCUUACAAAACCAAAUCAAACUACUGAAACGGAUAUUAUGUUGGACAAGCAACGCAAACAGCUCGACUUGCAGCUAUUGAACGCGUUGAGUUCUAAUGUGCCCGUGCCCUGUUGCAGUAGCUCCAAGCUAACGGGCGGUGCUAGUCGCAAACAGCGUCGACGGCCGGUAAAGCACGAUCGAAAGCUAGAACCAUCGUUGGAUACAGUUGAAGGACCACUGGGCAUUCGACUGUGCAGUCAACUGGACGGUGCAGUUGAUACGUCGGAUGAGGAAGGCAGCGAUAUCAGCGACGACAAUAUUGCAGACGAUGAUGAAGAAGAUCUGGACAAAGAGGAAGAGGACGAUCUGGAUGUGGAGGGCGGUGCGGAAGAGGAACCGUUAAACAGCGAGGACGACGUUACGGAUGAGGACGCGUCGGAUCUGUUCGAAACCGAUAAUGUUGUUGUGUGUCAGUACGAUAAGAUUACUCGAUCUCGAAACAAAUGGAAAUUUUAUCUUAAAGAUGGCAUCAUGCAUGUUAAUGGAAAGGAUUUCGUGUUCCAGAAAUCGAACGGAGAUGCCGAGUGGUAAGCGGCGAUAAUGUUGAACUCUUGGUUAUGGCACGUGCUGUAUAGAUACAACUGAUGAACAACAGGGCGGCGGUUAACAAAUGUCAUCAGGGGUAUCUGGGCGUUUAUCUAAGAUGUAUCCAUCGAAACGAAACGAAACGAAGCGAUUCUCUUCACACUGUUACAAUUAUACUAAAUGAGGAUAGAAGACGGAGAACACAAACCGCACUGCAACAAAUCGCCUUUUUCCUACUGCAAAACUGCAACGAACCAAUCAAGAGAAUCCUCUGGCCCACCAUCACGUAGAUCGUCUGCAUUAGCUACUCAACCAAAAACGAUAUCGAUCACCACUAUGCUUACAAUAGAGGCCACUGCUCCGCUCUACGCAGAGUGUAACUUAUCAAAGGUAUGGGUUAACAAGGACACAAUUCCAAAAGCACAGCAAUACGAUGUGAAAUAUCGUCACGAGAUAUCGGCGAGUUCAUUCGCUAAGCCUUACAAUAAUGUCAGGAUGAUGAUAACACCAGGGCCACCGCUCCACCGAAAAUGCGUUUUUCUCGAGUCUGACCUUCGAGCAAUCUAACACGUACUCUCAUGGAUACUAUAUGCAAUCGUAGAACCCAUUCAGUCAUUAACUACCAAGCCCAAGAAUAAUACAAAACCUACAUGAAUGCACGCACCCCAAAGUGUCCUAAGCAGCGAUAGCGGGGAGGAGAAGGAGAUAGUUCUGUGUUUGCUGUAAAAAUCAGUUGACUGCAAUUUAGGACCAUUUAGCUUGAAGUCUUUUAAACUAGCAUUUCAACUGUUUGUAACAGUUGGAGAGAGAGAGCUGAUGAGUUGAAAAGAAUAGAUGAGUUUUGUUUCUCCCGAAUGAUGCUUCGAUUUCGAAUAAGUUUGCAGAAGCGCGACGGGCGGUGGCAUGUACAGCAUCACUAGCUCAAGGGCAAACCGUUGUCUGGAUUUUAAUGUUUGGUCGUUUUCCCCUUAAAUUCUUUACAAAUCCUGCUGAAUGAUUGCAACAAUCAAAGUACAGGCGAUAUAUAGAAACGAUCUAGAAAACAAAACACCGCAUCACCGCCAGCAGGAUGAAGAAUCUUUUGUCAUUAUUUCGGAAUCAAUGCCAUGAGCAAAGGGAUAAACAAAUUAAGUUGUAAGCGGCCCAACAGGCACAGAUAAAAUAAUAAAAUUAAGUUCCCCAAUGA